GUUUAUUACAUUUAUUCGGUUAGUAAUAAAUGGCACAAGCGACGGAUUGUUGUUGAUAGUUUAUUUCUUUAGCCAAAAAUUUAAAAUGCCCUAUUGGUAUUAUGAUAAAAAGGAUCUGCAGACCACUCCAUCAUUUCAAGAUGCUAUUAGUAACGAGACGGAAAAUAGAUACCGGAAAGAAGGUGCAAGAUUUAUUAUUGACACUGGAUCAAAGAUGGACUUAGGUUAUAACACUGUGGCUACGGGAGUUGUUUAUUUUCAUCGGUUUUACAUGUUCCACUCGUUCAGAACAUUCCCUCGGUAUAUAACGGCGUGCUGUUGCUUGUUCCUGGCGGGGAAAGUGGAGGAGACGCCGAAGAAAUGUAAAGACAUCAUCAAAGUGGCCAAGUCUUUGCUGACGGAACAGAAGUUCGGUACCUUCGGCGAGGAUCCGAAGGAAGAGGUGAUGACGCUGGAGAGGAUCCUGCUGCAGACCAUCAAGUUCGACCUGCAGGUGGAGCACCCCUACGGCUACCUGCUCAAGUAUGCCAAGUGCCUGAAAGGAGACAAGCAGAAGCUUCAGAAGAUGGUGCAGAUGGCGUGGACCUUUGUUAAUGAUAGUUUAUGCACAACCCUGUGCCUGCAAUGGGAGCCGGAAGUAAUUGCGGUGGCGCUGAUGUUCCUUGCCGGGAAGCUCAGCAAGUUCGAGGUGGUGGACUGGAAUGGGCGGCUGCCGAAGCACACCGCCUGGUGGGACAUGUUUGUUGAGGACAUCACACUGGAGCUGCUUGAGGACAUUUGCCACCAGGUGUUAGAUCUGUACUCGCCUCAGACCCAGGCGUCGGGCGGAGAGUCCCCACCUCCGGGCGCCGCCGUCCAGCCAAAAAACGAGAGGAAACCGCUGCCCGUUACACCGCCCGCUUCCGCAUCACCUGUCGCCCCUGUCGCCGCUAAGCUCAACGCGCCCACGCCUAUCAAGAACGGCGCGGAAAAGCUGCUCCCGCCUAAAAUGGACAUGCGGUUUUAUCCCCCUUACGUGUACCCGCCAGUUCCGUAUUCAGACUACUCGGCGCCGCCGCCGACGUCGAUGCCGCCGGCCAGCCUGCCCCCGCCCCCGCUGCCGCGCCCGCCGCUCGUGUUCCAGGAGCCGCCGCCGCCGCCCCGCUACCCGCAGGUGUCGGUGCCCCCCCCGCACUACUUCGCCCCCCUCCGCCCGCCCCCUCCCAGACCGUACUUCCCGCCGUAACGGAUAGCGGUACCUCAAGUUGGACGUUGUGUAAAUUUUUUACUGAAAUAAAAUAAAUAGAUUUACUUACACUU